GGAACAGCGGCGGGAGGCGGAGCGGCAGCGGCGGCCCCGGCGGCAGCAGCAGCAGCAGCAGCGUUAGGGCCCGGCCCGGCGCGGGGCGGGGCCGCGGGGCGGGCCGGGGCGCACGCGCCGCCCGGUGCGGGGCGAUCGCGCCGCUUCGCUACAUUGUAUCCGCCGGCGGCGGAGAACAAUAGGCGCCGCCGCCGCCCCCGGGCCUGGGCGCCGCGGCCGCCCCCGCCCCCGCCGCGACCCCCGACACCCUUCAUGCGCUUCCCCUGCCCCGGGCGCGCCGGGCCUGGAACAGGACUGCCACUGUUGAGUCUGUGGGAAUAUGAAUCAGCAGCAGCAGAGAAUGGCUGCAGUUGGGACAGACAAAGAGCUCAGUGACCUGCUGGACUUCAGUAUGAUGUUUCCCUUGCCAGUGGCUAAUGGAAAAAACAGACCCACGACCCUUGCGAGCACUCAGUUUGGAGGAUCAGGCUUGGAUGAAAGGCCGGGAUCAGGUUCCUGGGGAACGGCAGAUCAAAACAGCUCCACGUUUGACCAAGGAAGGCAGAGCUAUGGAGAAGGCCCCCACUACGGUGAGCACCGGGACCUGCCGUCCCACAACAGCAUCUCCUCGUCACCGUUCCUGGGAGCUGGACUCGUGGGGAAGAGCAGUGAAAGAGCCUCAUACUCCACGUUUGGAAGAGACACAGGGAUGCCAGGACUAAACCAGCCUGGUUUCCUGCCCAGCGAGAUGGGAAUCGCCAGCCCGAGCACGCUUUCCCCCACCGGGGGCAAAGGGGGGUCUCAGUAUUUUUCCUACCCAAACAAUCCUCGCAGAAGAGGUGCUGAGAGCAGCAUAGAUCCUCUCUUGUCUGACGCAGAUGGACAGCCCAAAAAGGUUCGGAAGGUGCCUCCUGGACUCCCCUCCUCGGUGUAUCCCUCCAACUCAGGUGAUGACUACAGCAGGGAUCCAGCUGGAUAUACUCCCUCGAAACCUCCCAGCACUGUGUAUCCUGGAGCCUUUUACAUGACAGAUGGACUCCAUAACUCUGCAGACCUGUGGAGUUCCCCGGGUGCCAUGAGCCAGUCGAGUUACGGUGCCAUGCUGGGCAGCUCCUCGUCCCCGCUCCCGCAGUCCAGUGGCUUCAACAGUUUACACCAGCACGAACGCAUGGGCCCCUCUCACCCUGCUCCCCCUCCCUGCCAGAACUACCAGCUGCAUUCAGGAGAGGUGAACGGCGGACUCCCCUCUGUGUCCGGCUUCUCCUCAGCCUCCACGGCGUACGGAGUGUCCAGUCACACGCCCCCGAUCAGCGGCACGGACACCAUCAUGGGUAACAGAGGAACCACAGCCGGGAGCUCUGGAGACGCGCUUGGGAAGGCUCUGGCCUCAAUUUACUCCCCCGACCACUCUAGCAAUAACUUCUCCUCCAACCCCUCCACCCCGGUCGGGUCCCCGCAGGGCCUCGCAGGCUCGUCGCAGUGGCCGCGGGCGGGCGGAGCGGGUGCCUUAUCUCCCAGUUACGAAGGGAGCCUCCACACUUUGCAAAACAAAAUGGAAGACAGGUUGGAUGAAGCCAUCCACGUGCUGAGGAACCACGCCGUGGGCCAGACCUCUGCCAUGCCCAGCAGCCACGGGGACAUGCACGGGCUGCUGGGCUCAGCACCAGCACACAGUGCUGCUGUGGGCAGCCUGGGCCAGGCCUUCCCCGCCUCAGUCAUGGCCCUGGGGAACAGGCACCCGAGUCUGGUGGGAGGAGGCCACCCUGAAGAUGGGCUGUCCAGCAACCCCAGCUUGCUCCACAACCAUGUCACACUUCCAUCACAGCCCAGCUCACUGCCGGACCUCAGCAGGCAGCAGGACACGUACAGUGGCUUGUCCGGGGGGCUGGGCCGGAGCAGCGUCUCCUCAGGAACGAGCGAGAUAAAGAGGGAGGAGAAGGAGGAUGAAGAGAACACGUCGGUGGCAGAUAACUCAGAAGAGGAGAAGAAGGAGCUGAAACCCUCCCGGAACAGAACAAGGUGCUCUUUGAACAGCAGUACAGACGAGGCCUUGUCACUGGAGGACAAAGAUCUGAGGGACCGGGAGAGGAGAAUGGCCAAUAACGCCAGGGAAAGGGUGCGUGUGCGGGACAUUAACGAGGCCUUUAAAGAGCUGGGACGCAUGUGCCAGAUGCACUUAAAAACGGACAAAGCACAGACCAAACUGAUCAUCCUGCAGCAAGCGGUGCAGGUCAUUCUGGGCCUGGAGCAGCAAGUACGAGAGCGCAAUCUGAACCCAAAAGCGGCCUGCUUGAAGCGUCGGGAAGAGGAGAAAGUGUCCGGAGUGGUAGGAGAUCCCCAGAUGACACUGUCAGCCUCACAUCCUGGUCUGGGAGAUGGUCACAACCCUGUUGGACACAUGUAAAGAUCUUUUUGUUCCUCUGGAUAUGGAGAUCUGUAGAAAGAAAACCCUCGGUGUGACCUGCAACCCUGUUGAUCCAUAAACUGUAGUACUGCUCAUACUGACACACGCAGACGGAUCCUGGCGUGACGUAAGGGGUGGAAAAAACACUUUGUCAGAAACAAAACGGAAACAAAAAAUUGCCUUAAGUAUAAAGUGCAGAACAGUCAAUACAUAUCACUCAGUUAGGAGGGGGUGGCGUGUUCUCUUGGCUUGUUCACAAGCAGCCAGCAGCAAAAUUGUGCCUAAGCUUGAUAUUUCUUUUUUAAAAAAAAGAACAUUAGUUAUGAGAUUUUUUUAUGUAGAACAAAUAGCAAUGCCUUUUGGUUUUUUUAGCUUCUUUUGCAUAUGUUUUGUAAGCAACGAAAAAAAUUUUUUUUGUAUAAAAACAUGUCUUGUACCCUCCGCUUUUCUGCUGCUGUUUCUAUAGUUAACGUUGCAUCUUUAGGAUCAACCAGAAUAUUAAAAUUGUAUUAAGAGAGACUGGAUAUAAAGAGAGGAAUUCUCAGAUUCGGCUCGGAAAGCCACUAAAAGCGAAUGUAGCCACAGUGAGGGAAUGUUCUUCCUUGCCUGGCUUGUACCUUCCAUGACAAAAAGCAAACUCGUGCUGAAUUCACCAUCUCUUCUUCGGCCACUUCUGAUUCAGGAAAAGGAAGUUCAACAGCAAAGCCAAGCGAGUGGCAGCAGUGCUCCCGCUCCCCGGGCAGGGACUGAGGUGCUGAGGUUCCUCUGUUCCGGAGAUGCCCCGGCAGGGACUGAGGUGCUGAGGUUCCUCUGUUCCGGAGAUGCCCCGGCAGGGACUGAGGUGCUGAGGUUCCUUUGUUCCGGAGAUGCCGAGCCCCCGGGGCAGAGGAUGUGACCCGCAGCUGUUCCGGAGCACCGGGGAGGACGAGCUGCUGGGAGAGAGCAGCCCCGGGUGGAGGAGAACCGAGGGACUGAGGCACUUCCAGGUGAGCAGAGCAGCACGGGAUGCACGAGGGAAGCGCCUGUUCCCACAGGCCAGAGCUGCCAGAGGCACUUCCAGGAGCAGCACUGAACAAAGACCAAGUGAACAAAGCUGCAGCGCUGGCAAGAGGCAGAGGCAGCGGGAGCAGCAGUGGGAUACGGGGCCGGGAAGCCGGGCAGCAGCAGACUGAGGGUGCUGGAGGCAGGGAAGGAGCAGCGACCUGGCCGCUCCAGCCUGGGCAAAGCCGUGAGCAGCUGCGGGAUCCCUCCUUGCACCGGAGCCGUCGGAAAUGCAAAAUGCCGCCUCAGGGAGAGGGGUGGCUUCACACCCCGCUGUCACCUGCUGUCACAUCGACCAGGCAUCCUUGGAGGCAAACUGAGCUCAGCACUGCCACGGGAUGUGAGUGGCCACCGUCACCUGCACAUGGGCUCCCCUCUUGGCACUGGGAUGGAGGGCAGCAGGAGCUCCUGUCCCUGUGCCCCAGCAGCCAAGCUGGGCCAGCUGUCCCUUCACUCCAAGGGAUUCCCAGUCACUCCAGACCACUCUGGUGUGCUCAGCAGGAAGAGGAUCCCUGGCAGCCCCUCUGGGUGCCCUGGAGGUGCUGGGCAGUGCUGAGCUGCAGCAGCUGGUCUGGAGAUGGCCAUGGAAAAACGUCCACCAGGAAUUUACUCUUGUUUCUUCCUUCUCCUUCCCCUUGUGAAACAUUUUGUGCCUGGUUCUUCCCAGCUCUGCAGAGCCCAGUCAGGCAGGAUGGUGCAUGAGACACGGCUACUGGUCUGGGGGAUGUGGGGAGCUCUCUCCCCUGCAGGCUCCAGCCUGGGCUCCUGGGGAAGCUGUGUUGCUUUGGCACGGGGAAAGGGAGGGACUGGCAAACAGGAUUAGGUCCUGUGGCACUUCCCAGCAGCCCCAGGCUCUUGGCAUAACCUGGUGCUCCUCCAUGUGCUUUGUGCUCUGGCAAGCCCUGCUGGAAGUGCUCAGGGCAGUGCUUAUCUCCCACCCGCACCUGGGCACUGGGGCCUCAGCCCCUGUGGCAGCUCCAAGCUGAGCCACUCCAAGUGCCAGGGCAGGAUGGGACUGUCCCUGCUGCCCCUGGCCCUGCCCUGGGGCUCCCCAUCAUCCAGCCAUCACUCUGAAGCUUUUGGCUGCUCCCAGCAUUCCUUCUGUAUGGUGAGACCUCAGCUCAUCCCUGGGAAGAGCAGGAAACUGAGUGGUUCCAGUAGCCCAGGUUCUUCUUGCCCGUGUCAACAGACACAUUUUAGCCUAAUCAGCUUGUUAGGUUGCAACACGUCCCUCCCUGGGGCUCUUCUGGGUGCUGAAGCAGUGGGCAGGGAGAUGGACGAGGUUUUCCUCCCUGUGUGACAGCCUUGACUCCCAUUCAUGCUCUGGAGUGCAAGCUGGCGGGCUCAGCAGCUGCUCUCUGUUUCAUCCGUGACAGUUCCUGCUGCACUGGUGACAGUGCUGGGGCUGCAAAGUACCCACUGCUCAGGGGGUUUGGCUGGCUCAGUGCCCCUGUCCCAGGGCCAGGAGGGAUGGAGCAGUGUCCCAGCUCUGGAAAGCUUGAAACCCUACAAAAAUAUUUAAAGGUUGUUCACAAACCCUUUGAUUUUGCCCCAAGAAUUGGAGGUGGCAGUAAUGGACGAUUGGACUUAAAGGGACUAGUCAAGAAAAAUCCAUAAAUUCAACAAAAUUAGAAACCUGAGAAGAUUUAUGAGUUGUUCACAAAUUUGCUGAACUUCUUUAUCCCCUCCUAGUCCCGCAGGCCAAGGAGGAAUCCUGAUGAGCCAGAUCCUUUCUCACCAUCCCUGAAUCCCCAGGCAUUUAGGUGGUUUAAGAUGUUACUUUGACAGCAAAUCCAGCCAACGUCCCUCCAUGGCAAGGCUUGGGUGAAGAUCCUUGAGCAUAAGCCCUCAGAGCCAGGGUUUGGAGAGAUCAUCUCAAAAGCACAAUGUAGGGGGUGGCAGUGCUGUCCCUGGAGCUGCUUUGAUAGCACAGUGACAGCUUUGUGUGCCAGCCCAGUGUGGCCUCAGUGGCAUCUCUGCUUUUCGGGUGCUCAGGGAACAAUUGGGAAGAGCAGCAAGGAACAAUUCUUUUGUCUUGCCAGUGUGCUUGGCUCAGUGUGAACAUGGUGCCUGUAACCUGCCAGGGAAAGUGGCUUUUCUAAAAACAACCACUGCCAGCUGCUGUCCCCAAAAUGCCACCAGCCCAGCCCUGAAAUGUCACCCUGUAGCAAUUAAACUCUUGUCUUUAGGUGUUGUGGUCAGCGAGGGCCAGGUCUGCACCCUCCCCAGCCCACAGCUCUGCUCCAUUCCACUUGGGAUCUUAGAGAUCCCCAGACCUGCUCCUCUGCCUGGCUGUGCAUGCCCCGCAGCAGUGCUGCUGCCAGGAGAGGUGUCACAAGGGGCUGACAUGCUCUAUGGUGCCAUUUAUUCCAUUUUCUCCCUCUCUCGGCCUUUGCUUGCAUGGCUGCUCCUGGGGGCACACGCCCUCCUCUUUGGGGGCCACCGAGCCCCCCCAAAGCUUCCUUCAUCAGAUGGGGCAGCUGCCUUCCCUUCUGUGCAGCUUCUAGUUCCUCUUUCCCCAGGCUGCAUGAGUGAAGCAGCAGAACUGGGACACUGCCAUGGGACAUUUCCUGUGUCCCCCCCGGGGCCUCCUGUUGCCCCGCUCAGCCAGCCCCCUGCCUCCCUGCACACAAGCUGUGCACGCCACAGGACUGGGGAGCAUCUGGGAUCCAGCCUGUGAACAGUAAAAUUGCAAAUUGUUGGGUUUUCUCCCUUUUCACCUGCUUUUUCCCCAGAACAAAGCAGCUGCAGCCUCCCAUGGGUUGGUGCUCAGGCAGUGGUGGCAGCGUGGCUGCUCCUGCUCACAGGGGCAGAAUCCCAGCUGUGUGGCAGUCGCCCUGCCCGUGACCCCCAUUCCAGCUGUGUGGCAGUCACCCUGCCCGUGACCCCCAUUCCAGCUGUGUGGCAGUCACCCUGCCCGUG